AUGAUUAACCCUAUUCUCGUAUACCCCGACCCUCCCAUCGCUCCUCACUCGCCGCGUGCCUCACACAUGGCACCCUUGAAGACGGCAAGUGUGCGCCACAGGCCAAGUGUGAGGUUGAGAACUCGGCGGCUGUCCUCGUUUAGACAAGACCACCCCGAUCUGGCCGGCAUCCGUUAUGAACAGACAAAACAGGCCGAACCGCCCAUUCCGCUCCCUCCACCACCCCAUCGUUGUGUCUCGAUCCGUCCGCGUUCCUCGGUCACUCCCAUCGUUGUUGUCCGUCCAGCAAUCCCUCCACCGCCCGAAGACCAUCCCCUCUUCCGACUAGAGCCUCAUCUCCGCCCCCGCCCGCAGACCGUCAGCAUCAUUAGCGACAUCGAGUCGAAGCGAGAUUCGUGCGCGCCGACUUCAUCGUCUAUCACACUCCAGGACGACAUUGACAGUGAUAACCUCGGCGACGGCAGUUUGUCUGAUAUAAAGAACACCGAGAAGGCGUUCGAUACCCCCUCCUCAGGCAUCGCGAUUGACGUCAAGGAUCGCGACGACGACGCCCACGGCGUACAUCAGCCGGAAAUAGAAACGCCAGGGAUCACCGACGACAAGCUGUGUAUUCCUUCAGCAGCCUCGAGGGCGUUGGCCCCAGCCCCGAUACCGUCGCCAUCACGGUCGUUGAAGAAGGCGUCAAAGAGGAGCAGCCUCAGCGCAUCGAUAGUUGGCAAGACAUUCAGCAUUAGGGCAACUGUCCGGUCGAAGUCGAUGAUGGAGACAAGGAAGAUCAGGACGCGCAAAAAGACCCUUGGAUCCCUUGGUUCGGUUGGUGGAGAGGACGACAGGGACAAGGUUGCAUUUCCCGAAGCGGAUGGAUCCUCCAGGGAGUCCAGGGCCUCAUCUAGCACGCUGACCCCCGGCAGUACCCCUUACGCUAGAGCAUCUGCCAGUGCGUCUACCGCAGACAAAGCCGCCAUGCGGGGCUCGCUUGGUUCAUCCAAAUCACCCAAGGCGCUGCGAACUCCCCCACGCCUGCAGCGCCGUAGCGUUGGCUCAUCAACCGGCAGCUCCUUGGCCGUCACCGUCGGCGCUAGCAGGCCGGACAAGGGGCUAGAGGGACCUUGGGGGCUCCUGGAGCCAGACAACCAGCCCUCCCAGGCUCUCAUUGCUUCCAUUGCUUCUUCUAGUUCCCCUGCCCAGACCUGUCUUGGAGCUGACAAUGUCAACGGCCCCUUCAGCCCAAUUAACACGCUCAUCUCCCAGGACCGUAUUGCAGUCGACUUUGGCAGCCUAUCCUUUUCCAACCGCGGCAGUAUCAUGUUUGGGGGGCAUACUCCGGUCGACAACACGCAACGAGACGACGGCGAGCUGGCAGACGCAGCACAGGAACCACAGGGAACCGAAGCCCCUACACCUCCUACCAGCACGGCGCAUGUAGCAGCUCCCACAACACCACCACCCGCAGUACCUGUAGAAGCAGCAGCGCAGCCCCUGGACAACUUGGACCACGAGACGGAGAAGGAAAGGGAAACGGAAAGGGAGAAAGAGAUAGCCAGCUCCACCAGGUCAUCGCGCCUCAGUGACGCCUCUGGACUGGCACGCCCGUCCAUCACCAUCAAUGAGGAUCCAGCGUCGCCCUCCGCCCCGCUGCCCAGUAUCCGCGUUAUGCCCAUGGACGUAGAGAGGGAAUCACAAAAGGUGAGAUCGCUCUAUGAAUCCAGCGAUGGUGAUCGCUUCAAUUGGCAAGAUGGCGGGCGGCGCGUCUCGUUCGCUGGCGAUCUUCCGCCUCUACCUUCAGAGGAAGACCCAUCAGAUGUUGUGUACGGCUUUCCUUUUGAACCAAGACACACACCUCACCAUGCGCUGGCCACCCUGCUAACUCGCUCCUCUUCUCAACUACCUAGAGACUCUCCUCGAUUAGAUGUUCCGAGCUCGAGCGACUGGGCCGCGAGCCCCAUUGCGCCCUCACCACCCGCAGCCCCAUGGGCCAGUUCUUCGUCGUUACGGGAUGAUGCCGCGAGCUAUCACCGACCUGGUACUAGGAGAUGGGGCGAGCACGAACGCGCGGGCGGGCUAGAAAAUUGGGAGAAUCUGGACGGACUUGAAGUUGACCGAUACGGCUUCAUCAAGGAGAGGCCAGCAAGGCCAGAAACCAGCUACAGGCCAGAAACGAGUAGGACAGUCAGGCCAGGAUCAAGGUCAAGACACUUUUCACCUAGGAGAAGGAACGUGUUGACGAAACGGCCCGGUUCGGCUUAUUCCUCCUCUCCCCUUGGCCGAGGCCUUGUUGGACGCCCGCCGAGCAGAAAGGUGUCCGCGCGAUCCCUACAUACCUUUACCUCGGAAUAUUCAAACGUAUCACGAAGAUCUACGCGAUCGUCUUUUCGGUCCAUCACCAACCACCUACCUCCAAAUCGGGACCGACGAUGGAUGGACGAAGCUGGGGAUAUGCUGGCGUUUCCGGCGGGUGGUUUAACCGAUAUCCUGGAGUACGCAGCUAGGGUGGCGGGAAAAAAAAAGCACCGAAGCCUGAAGAAGAAAGAAUUGGAACGGUCCGAGAAAUGGAGGAAAAUGGCAAAGGUCGUCCAGAGGUUCCCAUUGGAAGACGGCGGUGAGGGCGAAGGCCAAGGCCUAGGUCAAGGCAUGAAUUUUGAAUUCGACACGAAAAACCCGAAGCUUAUCGAACGCACUUGGAAAGGAAUUCCCGACUGCUGGCGCUCUGCAGCCUGGUUCUCCUUCCUUGCGACAAGUGCAAAGAAUGCGAAUAGUACUGAAACGGAUGAAGUGCUCAUCGCGGCAUUUAAGAGGUUUCAGGAUAUCAGUUCACCCGACGACGUCCAGAUUGAUCUUGAUGUACCCAGGACGGUCAAUGGUCACAUCAUGUUUCGAAAACGAUAUAGUGGAGGCCAGCGUCUACUCUUCCGCGUUUUACACGCCAUCUCGUUGUAUUUCCCUGAUACAGGUUAUGUUCAGGGAAUGGCCCCCCUGGCAGCCACCUUACUGUGCUAUUAUGAUGAGGAGAGGUGUUUUAUCAUGAUGGUUCGCCUUUGGAGGUAUCGGGGGCUUUCGAGGCUGUAUUCGCCAAAUUUCGAAGGGCUUCUUUCCACCUUGGACGACUUUGAGAAACAUUGGCUUGCGGGGAAGGACGUUGCUUCCAAACUUACUGAAUUAGCUAUUGACCCCACGGCGUAUGGGACAAGGUGGUAUCUCACACUCUUCAACCUAUCAAUACCAUUUGCCGCCCAACUUCGUGUAUGGGAUAUCUUUAUGCUUCUGGGAGAGUGCCCACCUGAAGGGGAAUUAGGCCCUCAAGUUUCCGGAAGAGGCUCAGCAGAGGUUACACCACAGUUACAACACGCUGACACCCAGCAAACAUCCAAAACUUCCAAGGAGAGAAGCUUUCUGGCGAAGCUGAGCGAGCGUAGGAGUAAACGACAUCUAAACCAAACAGCUGCAGAAGUACCGCAAGGUUUGGACAUCCUCCACGCUACGAGUGCGGCGCUGAUUCACGCCUUGAGAGACGUCUUGCUGGAUGCGGAUUUCGAGAAUGCGAUGAAAACACUUACGUCAUGGAUACCGGUUAAGGAUGAGGACCUACUAAUGAAGGUGGCAAGGACAGAGUGGAGGGCACAUCAGAAGAAGAGGGACAAAUGA